AUGGGCAAGGGAACUCUCGUCUGCGCUUUCUCUGGUGGUCUAGACACCAGUAUCAUCCUCAAGUACCUUAUUGAUGAUGGGUGGGAUGUUAUCUCUUUCACCGCCGAUGUUGGUCAGGAAGAGGACUUUGAUGCCAUCCGCGAGAAGGCCUUGAAGCUCGGUGCUAAGAAGGCCGAAAUUGUCGACCUGCGCCGGGAAUUCGUCGAGGAGCUUUGCUUCCCCGCCAUCGCCUGUAACGCCAUCUACGAGAAUGUUUACCUCUUGGGAACUUCUCUUGCUCGUCCCGUCAUCGCUCGUGCCCAGAUUGAGAUCGCCAAGCGGGAGGGCGCUGUUGCUGUCUCUCACGGCUGCACCGGCAAGGGUAACGACCAGGUCCGUUUCGAGCUUGCUUUCUACGCCCUGAAGCCCGACAUCCAGGUCAUUGCCCCGUGGCGUGACCCUGUCUUCUACAACCGCUUCGCCGGCCGUAACGCCCUGCUCGACUAUGCCGCUGAGAAGGGUAUCCCUGUCACCUCUACCAAGUCUAAGCCCUGGAGUAUGGAUGAGAACUUGGCCCACUGCUCGUACGAAGCCGGUAUCCUGGAGGACCCCAACACCACCCCUCCUGCCGAUAUGUGGAAGUUGACCGUCGACCCCCUCAAGGCUCCCGAGCAGCCUGAGGACUUCAUCGUCCACUUCGAGAAGGGUAUCCCCGUCAAGCUCGAGUACACCGAGAACGGCCAGCAGAAGACCGUUACCGACCCUGUCGAGCUUUUCCUGACUGCUAACGCCAUUGCCCGCCGAAACGGUGUCGGCCGUAUCGACAUUGUUGAGAACCGUUUCAUCGGUAUCAAGUCUCGUGGCUGUUACGAGACCCCUGGUCUCACUCUUCUGCGCGCUGCUCACGUUGACCUCGAAGGUCUCGUCAUGGACCGUGAAGUCCGUGCUCUCCGUGACCAGUUUGUCACCGUCAACUACUCCAAGAUCCUCUACAACGGUCUCUACUUCUCCCCCGAGCGCGAGUUCCUCGAGUCCUCCAUCACCACCUCCCAGAAGUCCGUCAACGGCCAGGUCCGCUGCCGGGCCUACAAGGGCUGCGUCUCCAUCCUCGGCCGUUCGUCCGAGACCGAGAAGCUGUACGACAUGUCCGAGUCCAGCAUGGACGAGAUUGGUGACUUCUCUCCCGCUGAGACUACUGGCUUCAUUACCGUCUCUGCUAUCCGUCUCAAGAAGUACGGCCAGAUGAAGGCUGCUGCUGGUGAGAGGCUGUAA